CAGGCAGCCAGCUGUCCGCGGCCAGAGAAAGCCUUGGAAGAGCGGCGCUCAGCCCCGGAGAGCGAGUCUUCUCUUCCCCACCUCAAGCUGGGCACCAGCUCAUCUACCCCGACCUGCUCCCCCGCCCUCCACACUAAAAGACUCCCCUAAAGCGAGACCCCCGAGAGUUACCCCCUCUUAAAAGCCCCGCUCGCGAGACUCCCCACAGGGGGGCGUUCCCUCGGGGGGGGCGAGGUGAGGAAGCCCCCCCCUUUCUACCGCCAGACCCCCACCCCCCAUAGUGAGACCCCGGAUCCCCAGGAAGGAGCCCUCGAUCCCCCUCCCAUAGUGGGACCCCUUGGAAGGAGCCCUAGGGGGCUGGGCUAGGGCUCCUCCACGGGCCGUACUACGGGCGGAGGUAGCGCUGCCCUGACCUUGUUCCCGGGCCUCCCUGGGGAGCGGCGGCCUCUCCCCUCCCCCGUAGCCGGGCCCGCCCCUCUCCCAGCCUCCUCCGCGGCUCCCCCUCCCCUUGUCCCCAGCCCGGUGGAGCCACCGCAGCCUGACUCGCCGCAGCUACCUCGCGUCCUGCCCCGGUCGCCGAGGAGACCCGGCCGUGUGCAGCCAGCCCGGACCCCGUUCUCUGCAGCCUGCGCUGCCCGCGGAGCCGCCAUGAGCUGGGGCGCGGAGCUGUGGGAUCAAUUUGAUAACUUAGACAAGCAUACACAGUGGGGCAUUGACUUCUUGGAGAGAUAUGCAAAGUUUGUAAAAGAAAGGAUAGAGAUUGAACAAAACUAUGCAAAACAAUUAAGAAAUCUGGUUAAGAAGUACUGUCCCAAACGUUCAUCAAAAGAUGAAGAGCCCAGGUUUACAUCAUGUCUAGCCUUUUUUAACAUCCUUAAUGAGUUAAAUGACUAUGCAGGACAACGAGAAGUAGUAGCAGAAGAAAUGGGACACAGAGUAUAUGGAGAACUAAUGAGAUAUUCUCAUGAUCUAAAAACAGAAAGAAAAAUGCAUCUUCAAGAGGGGCGAAAAGCUCAGCAGUAUCUUGACAUGUGCUGGAAACAGAUGGAUAAUAGCAAAAAGAAAUUUGAAAGAGAGUGCAGAGAGGCAGAAAAGGCACAGCAAAGCUAUGAAAGACUGGACAACGACACCAAUGCAACCAAGGCUGAUGUUGAGAAGGCUAAGCAACAAUUAAACCUGCGUACACACAUGGCAGAUGAAAACAAAAAUGAAUAUGCUGCACAACUACAGAACUUUAAUGGAGAGCAACACAAACAUUACUACAUUGUCAUUCCUCAGAUUUACAAGCAUCUUCAAGAAAUGGAUGAACGGAGGACCAUCAAGCUUAGUGAAUGUUAUAAAGGUUUUGCUGAUUCUGAGCGCAAAGUUAUUCCCAUAAUCUCUAAAUGUUUAGAAGGAAUGAUUCUUGCAGCAAAAUCAGUUGAUGAACGCAGAGAUUCUCAAAUAGUGAUAGACUCCUUCAAGUCUGGGUUUGAACCUCCUGGAGACUUCCCAUUUGAAGAUUAUAGUCAGCAUAUUUACAGGACUGUCUCUGAUGGAACCAUCAGUACACCAAAGCAGGAAGGAAUGAAGAUUGAUUCAAAAACCACUGUGGGCAAGGCUAAGGGCAAGCUGUGGCUUUUUGGAAAGAAGCCAAAGCCACAGUCCCCACCCCUUACCCCUACUAGUUUAUACACAUCCACUACUCCUAAUGGGUCCCAGUAUCCCAUAUUCUCCAUUGAACCAGUGCAUUAUUGCAUGAGUGACAUAAAAACAGGGAAGCCCAGAAUUCCUUCUUUCAGAAGCCUCAAAAGAGGGUGGUCGGUGAAGAUGGGUCCUGCACUAGAAGAUUUCAGUCAUCUGCCGCCAGAACAAAGACGUAAGAAACUGCAGCAGAGAAUCGAUGAACUCAACAGAGAACUACAGAAAGAAACAGACCAAAAGGAUGCACUCAUCAAAAUGAAAGAUGUUUAUGAGAAGAAUCCACAGAUGGGGGAUCCAGGCAGUUUGCAGCCAAAAUUAGCUGAAACUAUGAGCAACAUGGAUCGUCUUCGAAUGGAAAUACACAAGAAUGAGGCCUGGCUCUCUGAAGUUGAAGGUAAAGUAGCAGCAAGAGGAGACAGAAGGCACAGCAGUGACAUCAACCAUCUUGUAACACAGGGAAGAGAAAGCCCUGAGGGGAGCUACACCGAUGACGCAAACCAGGAAAUUCGAGGCCCACCACAACAGCAUGCCCACCAUAAUGAAUUUGAUGAUGAAUUUGAAGACGAUGAUCCCUUACCAGCUAUAGGACACUGCAAAGCAAUUUAUCCUUUUGAUGGUCACAAUGAAGGCACUCUGGCAAUGAAAGAAGGGGAGGUUUUGUAUGUUAUCGAGGAAGACAAAGGAGAUGGAUGGACAAGAGCUCGAAGACAGAAUGGAGAGGAAGGCUAUGUGCCAACAUCAUAUAUAGAUGUAACUCUAGAGAAAAACAGUAAAGGUGCAGUAACCUAUAUAUAACAACUAAGCUGGCAGCUUACUACUCUACAUUCCAUAGGGAAAAUACUGAAUCACACAAUUUCAUAGAAAGUGUUAGGAUAUCUGAAGGCAUUUGUGUGGUCUGUUGUUCACCAUGUGAGCUUGGCUAGAGACUUUUUUUUUCCAGAGAUAUUAGUACUAAAAGUAAGAAAAUGUCUUAAUUUAAUUAAAUUGCUCUGCAACAUUUGCCUUAUUUCUGCAUUUAUCUUUCUGAGGUCCUUUAGUGUUUUCAUUUUAUAAAUCAUUGGAUCUGCUCCAUUGAUCAGGUCAUCUUGUUUUUAUACUACUAUUUUAAAAUCCAUUUUUAAUAUUCACUUGCUUCAAAAAGUAAUUUUUUAAAUUUUCUGUCUGUACAACAAUGUACUUGAAAAUAACCUCUGUUCCAAAUUGCAAUUUCUGAAAACCUCUUUAGGCUCUAUUGUUCCCGCAUCAGCAACUUUAACUACCAUAUACUUAAAACUCUAAAACAAAAAAUAAAUAAACCACUCUACAACUGACUGAGCUCAGUUACUGAAAGUGUUCAUAAUUGUCCUUUCUUUGUAAAUAUAUUAGCAGCUUUCACGCCAUAAAAAGGAAAACAUUUUCCUGUUCUCAAAGGUAAAAAAGCACAAUCCACUCAAGAUGGUCCAUUAAAGAUAAAGUACCGUAUGAUGGACCUACCCUUUUAUUCUCCUGCCAGCGGCUAUGAACCUAGAAUAUUGUCUAUUUGAUACUGCUUUAGCUUGGAAAUGUUUUUGAUGGUUACUAUAUGGUUAAAACAUAAAAUGUGUCUUUCUGAAUUCCCAUGUUCCUUUCCAUUCUUGAAAAGCUCUUAAUCUCUUUUUCUGAGUUCUAGUAAAUGUUUUACAUUCCCAGUGAAAGGAUCUCGUACCAUAGCUAGAGGCUUUACAUUUCAUCACUUGUAGGUUAAAAUUCAAACAUUAGAUCUACAACCAUUUUCCUCACCUAAUUUUAAAUAAUAAAGGAAAGGAAGGUACAUUGCACUACUUGAUUACAGGACAAAUAGCUGUUCUUACUGGAAUGUAUGUUGCGAAUAAGCUUGAAAGGGCUUUUGCUUGCCAUCAGAUAUGGUUAAUUGUUCAGGGAUUAAAUAGAACGGCUACUCUAUAGCCAUUUAAGGUGGCUGAUUAGAAUUGAGAAGGCUUCUCUGUUUUCCAGAGGCUUUCAGUAACUCUGUUCUUUUCUUUUUCCUCUUGGACUGCAGGUUCCUGAAGCGGGUUUCUGAGAAAAUGGGCGAGAUGUUGAAGGAGGUUACAUGCAGCUGCUUUUGGGGGAGGGCAUUAGGCUGGGAGGCCCAGCAAAAAGAGGGAAAAGCAAGUUGCAUGAAUGCAUGCAGACAUACAUUUAUUCACUAACAUUCUUGGCAUUUCCAUACAUAAUAUGUUACAAAUUCUUAAAUUUCUGAAGCAAAAGAGAACUCCAUUAUGGCAGAAUAGAAAGGCAACCAGAUUUUAAAUACUUCAGUCUCAUUGUCCUAAAAGACGUACAAACUAUUCAUCAGUUUGCAUUACAUUUUGGCUGUCUCAGCUAUCUUCUUUUCCUACCCCAUUUUAAUUGGCAAUCAGAACCAUGUCAUUUGUCCACAUCUGCCAGUGCCACCUCCAUGCUCGCCCUAACCUCCUCCUGCAUGUCUAGAAUUGUCAGGCACCGCUGCAUAACACUUUAUUAUCUCCAUUGCUUCUUAUUUUAUUUUGCAUUUGUAGCAAAACCACUUUGUUUAAAUAUUUCCAGCACUAAAGUUUUCAUCCCAGUGUCCAUGUAUGCUGCUAUAACUAUUCCAAUGCAACCAUCAUUACAUUCCAGUUUUCUUGGCAUUAUAACUGAUGUAAACCUUUAUGUAUUUAUGUUGAUUUGGGGAAAAGACUAUAUCUCAGCUCUAGCCCCUGAUGCAGUCACAGGAUCUCCAAGAACUGUGGUUCAUCUUCAGCACUUCAGUAACCUAUUGUGAGCACUGAAAACCUGGCAUAACAACAAAGAGAUUCAUCACAACAAGACAAAUGACUGUUUUCAGAAGUAAACUGCUUGCCAUUCAAAUGCUGCCUUAAAACUAGAGAGUGCCUAAAUCUGUUGAUUGCCAAUCCUACCACUACAGUAUCCCACAAAGGGCUUUGAGUCUCAGCUCAGUAUGACCGCCUGUAACUCUUUCCAAAGUGCAGCAGCUGCUGAGGUAGCCAGGGUAGGUGUUUGUUUUCUAGAGCUUUACCUUAACAUAAUACAUGGUGCAUCAUAAAUUUUAUGCAUUGAAACUAAAGACAGCUAAAAAAAUUUAUGGAAACUCUUUUAUUGUUUUUUAAUUUGGGGUUCUGAGGCUCCAGUGGUUGUCUGUUUUUAGGUGAUGCUUCAUUGUAUGGACCAGUUGAAAUUUGAGUGAUACUUUGUAAUGAUCUAUGUGCACUUUUACUUGUAAACAAUUGACAUUUGGAUAUGUUUAUACGUGUAAAUAUAGCUGUCUGCAGUGCCCCUAUUGCUUAUGGUGUCUCUUCUCCCAUUUGUGAUUCUAUUAAUAAAAUAAAUCUUAUCUGAUUCAGUGGUGAACACUAGAAUAGGGGAGGUAGAGGGAGGGAGAUUUGUAUCAUUUAAAGCUUCAUAAGCCCAGCCACUUGCUGUUUGGGGAACGAGAUAAUAUUGUCUCUUUCACAGGGUUUGAAGCAAUACUUGGACACAGCAGUGCUGGCUUCCUUCUUUUUUUUUAAAUGAAAAUUCAGUGUUGUUAGAAAUUGUACUACCAGUAAUACUAAAUCUGAGUGAUUUCUUGUGUGGAAGUGUAUUCCUUUAUGUAUACCACUAUUACACAGCUGUGUAUUGCAUUUGGGGACUAUUAGAUUUUUGGAUAUUGUAUACAGGGUUAUUUAUAUAAGGUGACAUUACUCAAUACUGACAAACUACAUAAUGUAGUUUUUUUU